GCGCUGUAUUGCACACAGUCGUAUAAUAUUUUGCUCGAGAAUUAAGGAUACAUAUAAACAUCCGAUAUUAGUUAGCUGAAAAAACUUUACGUGCCAGAUUGGCGGAUUUAUUAGUUCUGUUCUCAGGUACUCUGCGUAUCAAUAAUUAUGGAUAAAAUACUGGAAGACGCGCGAUUUGCACAUGUUGCAAAAGAUCCGAGGUUCAGACGCAUUCCUAAAACUGAGCGAAAAGUAAAAAUUGACAAGAGAUUUCGGCCCAUGUUUAGUGACAAAAAGUUUUUGCUUAAAUAUACCAUUGAUAAAAGAGGAAGACCGACUAAUCAGUCGUCGAGUGAAAAUUUGAAAAAAUAUUAUGAUUUGUCAAGCAAUGAUGACGAAGAGUCAGAGAGCGAUGAGAAUGUCAAAUCAAUUGAUGUUGCAAAGAAGGUACGAAAACAUGUAAAGGCUAAAAGUGUUACUGGGAUUAACAAAGAAAGUUCGGAUCAUUUGUCUGACCGAAAAUCAAACAGCAAGAUAAAACUCACUAAAAAAGUGUCCCAUUUGUUGGGAAAUGGAGAAUUGCUGCGCACUAAAACGCAAGUUGACAGUGACGUAGUAUCAGGAUCAGAAAAUGAUGAGAAUGGAUACUCUGCAUCUGAGGAUGAAUUGGAAACGAAUUCUAAAAUUGCUAUAGAUAUUGAGAACGGCGCAGAUCCAUUGCAAAUUAACAAGUCCAACACCGGAAGUAUACCGACUACGAUAAAAAAAAAAUUAAGAGACCUAACAGUAGAUUAUGCCAGAGGAGAAGGCACUUUACUAACAGAAAGUUCAUCCGAGGAAGAAAGCUCAGAUGAAGAUGAUCAAGAAAAUGAAAUAAAUCAUGAAUGGGGUGAGCUAGAUAGAGAAGCUGAAACGACAGACGAAAUAACGAAUAGAUUGGCUGUUUGUAACAUGGACUGGGACAGGAUUCGUGCUGUUGAUUUAUUAGUUCUGUUCAACUCUUUUCUACCAAGCAAUGGUCUUAUUCAUUCUGUUACGAUUUACCCAUCAGAGUUUGGUAUACAACGGAUGAAAGAGGAAGAAAUAAGAGGCCCGAUUGAACUGGUCGAAUCAAAGAAUAAAACUCAGAAUGCUGACGUAGACGAUGAGAACGAGGAAGGUAGCAAAUACCACAUGGAAAAAUUAAGGCAGUAUCAAUUGAAUCGAUUGAAGUAUUAUUAUGCAGUAAUAGUUUGUGAUUCACCCCAAACGGCCAAUAAAAUUUAUACAGAAUGUGAUGGGAUUGAAUAUGAAUCUACAGCAACGAAAUUAGAUUUGAGGUUCAUACCGGAUGAUACAACUUUUGAUCAAGAACCUAAAGAAGUCUGUGAUAAAGUCCCAGAAUUGUCAAAGUAUCAGCCAAGGCAGUUCGUUACUACUGCAUUACAACAAGUGAAAGUAGAACUGACUUGGGACGAAACAAAUCCUCAUAGACAAGAAAUUGCAGAAAAACUUAAUUGUGGAAAAGUUGACGACAUUGAUCCCAGUGAUAUCCAGGCAUAUUUAGGAAGUGGUUCUAGCAACGAAGAUGACUCCGAUGAAAACGAAGUGAAAAAUAACUCCGAUGAAAGGAACUUAGAAUCUGACAAUGAUGCCGAUCCAAUAGCAAAGUACAAGUCGCUUUUACAUGGGAUCGAAGAGCAGCAAGAGAAAAAUAAAAAUAAAGGUUUAGAAAUGGAAAUCACAUGGGGAUUAGGAAGCAAGGCUAAAUCUGAAAAACUAGUUGCUGAAAAAAUGAAGAAAAACAAAGAGCUAACACCUUUUGAACAAUACCUUGAAAAACGUAAAGCAAAGAAAAAAGCAAAAAUGGCCGAAAGAAAAAACUUGAGAGAGAAAAAUGAGAAUGCAUCAGAUAGUGAUAAAAGUGAGGAUAGUGUACCUUCGGAUAUCGACAUGGAUGACCCAUAUUUUGCUGAAGAAUUCAAAAACAUGAAGCCAAAAUUGAAAAAAAAAUCUUCGAAAAAUCAGAUUGCCAACGAUAUACAUGAUGUUAACAAAAAGCAACAGGAUGCUGAGCUAGAAUUAUUGCUAAUGGAUAAAACUGAAGACGCAGGACGAAAGCAUUUUGAUAUGAAGAAAAUCGAAGAUAAUGAAUCUGUUUCAAAAUCUAAAAGGAAGCGCCAGAAAAAAAUGAAUAAGUAUUCAAACAAAGAUGAAACAGUUGAUGAUUUUGAAGUCAAUGUUUGCGAUCGGCGAUUUGAAGCUCUAUACUCAUCUCACCAUUAUAAUAUCGAUCCUGCUGAUCCACGGUACAGAAAAACCAAAGGAACAGAAGCCUUGAUAGAAGAAAAAUUGAAAAGGCGAGCUGAUGGCAAAUUAGAACAGGGUACCGAAAAGAAGAUUAAAACCGACAAGAAGUUGAAUGCAGAGUUGACUGCGUUAGUAAAAUCUGUGAAAAGAAAAUCUCAAAAUAUUUCACAAAGGAUAAAAUAGUAAUGUGUCUACAUUUUUAAUGAGGAUACCUCUGCAACUUGUACAUAUAUACAUAUGGUAUUUAUAGUGGACAGAGAAGAUCAAGUGCACAUGCACAGAUUUUCCAUUAGUGAACGUGGCCCAGUACGUGAUUCGAAAUUCUGCCAACCCAUUUGACGAAAUGCCUGACGGCAGCAUAUCGUGGUGCGCUCUAGUGCUUGAACUCGUUUAAAAUCUGUGCAUGUGUUGACACAUGUGCACUCUAACUUCCCUGUUCACCAUAAAUUCAGCGUAUAACAACAUAACAUAAUAAAAACUUCUUGAAUAUUAAUUUAAUCAAAAUAUUCGUUUUUUACUUGCAAUAAAAACGGAUAGCUUUGUGUAAAUCAAACACCUGCUGAUUAAUGAUGUUUGAUAUAUAUUG